AUGGAACGGCGACCUCGGCGACCUAACCCCGUUAGAGCCUCUGCGAGGGUCCGCAUCACCGAACCCCGAACCCCAUCCAAGCUAUACAACUACUCCAAUGAAACAAAACUAACAAAUAAACUCGCAACUAUGGCACUGCCAACAUCCCUCGCCCCAAGCGAGGGACCUAACACUUUAAACCCACUCGACGCCCUCCUCCUAACAAUCCGCUUCUCCGCCUCAAUCCCCGACCUCCCCCUCGACAUUCAAACCCCAACGCAAACAACAGGCGCCGGCCUAAAACAACUCAUAAGAGCCAAUCUCCCAAAGAACAUAUCCUCCCACAGACUCCGCCUCAUCUACGCAGGUCGCGGUCUAGACGACCAAACCGCGCUCUCAGCGUCUCUCAAACUACCGCCUUCACCAGCGCGCUCUCCCCGCCCCGCAGAGGACUACUCAGAGCAACAUAGCGAUCCGAGCGAUAGUCGAAAUGGAAGCGACAAAGGCAAACAGGCCGUUCGCGACUCUAGACCCAGGAUCUACAUCCACUGCUCGAUCGGAGAUAUCGCGCUUUCGGACUCGGAUCUCGUGGCUGAGGCUGCUAUUGCUUCGACGACGCUUUUGCAGAGACAGAAGGAUGAGUUGAUGAAACUUGGGCCUAGGCAUGGGUCUUCGCUAUUCCCUUCUACUGAGAGUGUCUUGAAUGGUUCUAGUUCCCAGCGAGCUGCUGCUUCGGCUUCUGCUACAACCGCACCCCCGACGACGACUAUACCCGCUCCGCGCGGCUUCGAUCGGCUCCUUUCCGCGGGAUUCACGGCUUCAGAGGUCACGGCGCUGCGAUCGCAGUUCUUGGCCGUGCAGUCUGUUACCCGGACGCCGGAUACGAUGCCUUCUGGUGAGGAGUUGCGGGAUUUAGAGGAUCGGUGGAUGGACGAGGGGAGUACGGGUGCUAAUCUUGGGGGUGGGGAUGCGGGCGCUGGUGCUGGUGCCGGAGGGGGUGGAUUUGGUGGCGAUGAUGAUGGUGGAUUGGGGACUGGGUCUAGAAGUGCAUGGGAUGAUAUGCUUUGGGGCGCGGUUAUGGGGUUCUUUUGGCCGAUUGGUUGUGCGAUGUGGUUGAGGAGGGAGGAGGGGGUUUGGAGCUGGAGGAAGGGCGUUGCGGUCUUUGUGGGAGUGGUCAUGAAUGGGGCUUUUGGGGCAGCGAGGAUUAUGGGUUGA